CGAGGCCGCCGCGGAGCGCUGGAGGGGGGAGCACGCCGAGGAGGCGGCUCGGCGCGCGGCGGACGCGGGCCGGGCGGCCCGGACCGAGGCGAGGCUGCAGACCGAGUUGGAGGAGGGGCACGGCGAGCUCCUCGAGGAGCAAGGCCGUGGCAGGGCCGCCAGGGCGGACGCGGAGAGGGAGCGGGCGGCCCUUGAGGACGAGCUCGACCGCACGCGCAAGGCGCACGCCAGGGAGGCCGAGCAGAGGGAGCAAGACGCCGAGGAGGCCUCCGGGAACGAGUCGCGGCUGGCCGCCCAGGUGGACAGGCUGCGCUCCGAGCACACAGAUGACCUGCUGCGCGUCGAGGCGAAGGAGCAAGCCGCCAGGGAGGAGGCGGCGACGCUGCAGGAGGAGGCCUCAAGGUGGCGCCAGGAGCACGCCUCGGAGUUCGACGGCCGGGAAGCCGAUUCAGAGAGGGCCUCGCGGCAGCAGGGCGAGCUGAGGGCGGAGCUGGAGGCUCUGCGGAGCGACGUCCAGGGCGAGGUGGAGCGCUGGCGGUCGGAGCACGCCGGCGAGGUCGGGCGUGCCAGCGAGGCGCGCGCCGCCGCGGCCGAGGAGGCGGCACAGCUUGCGGGGGAGGCCGAGAGGUGGCAGGUGGAGCACGCCGAGGAGGCGGAGCGCCGCACGAGGGAGGCCGAGGGUGCCGCUGGCAGCCUCGCCAAGCUUGAGGCCGAGCUGGGCGAGCAGCGCAGCGUGCUGGCCAGCGAGGUCGAGCGCGGCGCCGCUGCCGCCGCCGACGCCGAGCUGCAGCUGUGCCAGCUGCGGGGGGAGGCCGCCGAGCUGCGGCAGCAGCUGGCGGACAGCUCGGCGCGCUGGGAGGGCGACAAGGCGCAGGCGUCGCAGAGCGAGGCCGCGCUGCUCGCCCAGGUGGAGCAGGCGCGCUCCGAGCUCGCGGCCGAGGCGGAGCGCCGGGAGCGCGCGGCCGACGAGGCCUCCCGGGAACACGCGGCGCUGAGCGCCGAGGUCGACCUGCGGAGGCAGGAGCACUCCGAGGAGGAGUCCCGGCGGGCCGCGGAGGCGGAGGGGUGGCGGGGGGAGCUGUCGGAGGAGCAGGCGCGGGCCGAGGCCGCGGCGGCGCGGGCCCGCGAGGAGGUCUCCGACCUGCAGGCUGAGGUGGGCGCGGCGCAGAGGGCCCACACCGCGGAGGCCGAGGGGCGCGAGGCGGACGCCGCGAGGGCCGCCGGCACGGCCUCGGAGCUCGCUGCCGAGGUGGAGCGGCUGCGCUCGGAGUGGGACGAGGAGGCCUCGCGCGCCGAGGCGGCCGCGGCGCGCGCCAGGACCGCCGCGGACGCGCUCGCGGCCGAGGCUGAGCGGUGGCAGGCGGAGCACGAGGCCGAGCGGGGGUGCCGGAGGAGGGACGCCGAGGCGGCGGCCCAGGAGGAGGGCCAGCUGGCCGCGGAGCUCCGGUGCGUGCAGGGCGAGCUGGCCGCGGAGGGCGCGGCGCGCGCCGCGGACGCGGCAAAGUGGGCGGGCGAGGCCGCGAGGCUCGGCGGUCAGGCGGACGAGUGGCAGGCGGAGCACUCGAAGGAGGUGGAGCGCGGCAAGGUGGCAGCCGCCUCCUCCGCCAGAGAGGUGGCAGUGCUGCGGGACGAGAUCGAGUCGAUCCGCAGCGCGCACGACAGGGAGGCGAGGCAGCGCGAGGCGGACGCCGCCAGGGCCUCGGGCGACAACGCGCAGCUGAUGGCGCGGCUGGAGCGGGUGCGGUCAGAACACACGCAGGAGGUGCUGCGCGGUGAGGCGGCGGCCGCCAGGGCGAGGGAGGAGGCCGAGGGCCUGGAGGGUGGGCUCGCCCGGUGGCGGGCGGAGUGCGCGGCCGAGCGCGAGCAGAGGGCCGCCGACGCCGAGCGGGCCUGCGGGGAGCGGGCGGGCCUGGCCGCCAGCCUCGGGAGCGCCGAGGAGGCCCUGGAGAGGGAGGCGGACGCGCAGAAGGUCGCAGCCGCCAGGGCCGCCGAGGUGGCGGCGGGCCUGAGGGCGGAGGUCGAGGAUUGGCAGGGCAGGCACGCGAGGGAGCUGGAGCGCGGCGAGGCCGCUGAGGGCGCCGCCCGGAGGGAGGAAGACGCCCUGCGCCAGGAGGUCGGGCGCCUGGCGAGGGCCCGCGCCGAGGAGGCCGAGCGGGCGGAGGCGGACGCCGCGCGCGCGGAGGGCGGCGCCGCGGAGCUGGCCGCGCAGGUCGCGGGCCUGCGCGCGGAGCUCGACGAGGAGGUGCUCCGCGGGGAGUCGGCGGCCUCGAGGGCCGCGGGCGUGGUGGAGGGGCUGGAGGCGGCGGCGGGCCGCUGGCAGAGGGAGCACGCGGCGGAGCGCGAGAGGGGUGAGGCGGAGGCGAGGCUGGCGGGCGAGGAGCGGGGCGAGCUCCAGGGGCGGCUGCUGCAGGCGCAGGGCGAGUGCGAGCAGGAGGUCAGGGCCAGGGACGCGGCGGCGGCCCUGGCCGCCGACGAGGAGGCCAGGCUCCGCGGCGAGGCCGUCGAGUGGCGCGAGAGGCACGCCGAAGAGGCGCGGUGCGCUGCGGAGGCGGCCGACGAGGCCUCCCGGGAGCGCGCGCGCCUGGCCGACGAGGCGGGCCGCUGGCGGGAGGAGCACGCCGCGGAGGCAGAGCGGCUCGGAGCCGCGGUGGUGGACUGGGAGCGCCAGCGCGGGCUGCUGCGGGAGGACGCCGAGAGGUGGCAGGAGUCGCACGCGGAGGCGUCGGCCCAGGCGCUGGCGGCACAGGAGGCCCUGGACCUGGCGAGGCGCGAGGCCGCCGCCCUCUCCGCGAACGUGGAGGCCCGGCAGGCCGAGCUCGGCAGCGCCGCCGCGGGCGCGGCCGAGCGGGAGGCGGCCCUGCGGGCUGGCGCCGAGCGGGCCGAGGCCGAGCUCGGGAGCCUGCUGGCCUCGGCCGAGGGCGCGGCCGCCGAGGCGCGGGGCGAGGCCGAGGGCCUCCAGGCGCAGCUGCGGAGCCUGGAGAGCGACCUCGCCGAGGAGCUGCGCGGGCGCGGUGCCGACGCGGCGGCGGCCGAGGGGCGGGAGCAGACGCUGCGCGCCGAGGCGGAGGGCUUGAGGGCGAGGAGCGCGGAGGAGGCGCGCGGCGGCGAGGAGGCGCUGGCGAGGGCGCGGGAGGAGGCCGCGGCGCUUGCGGAUGAGGUGAGCCGCGUGACCGCCCUGCGCGCCGAAGACGCCGCGGGCGCGCGGGAGGCCGCCGCGGAGGCCGAGGAGGCGCUCGGCCGGCUGGGGGCGGAGGCGGAGAGGUGGCGGGAGGAGCACGACGCGGAGCGCGCCCAGGCACUGGCCACCGGCUCCGAGGCGGAGAGGCAGGCGUCGGAGAUGGGCGCCAGGGUCGCGGCGCUGCGGGCGGCGCUGGACGGCGAGGCGGCCCGCGUCGCCGCCGCCGAGGAGGCGCUGCGCGAGCGCGCGGAGGCGCUGCGGGAACUGGGGCAGGCCGCGGACGAGGCGGCGAGCAGGAGGGAGGAGGACGGCAGGCGGCUGGAGCGGGCGCUGGAGGAGCUGAAGGAGGGCGCCCUGUGCCUGCAAGAGGAGGCGGCCGCGCAGGAGAGGCGCCACGAGGACGCCGCCCACCAAGCCUGCGAGGAGGCGGCUGGCCUUACGGCCCGCCUCGCGCGGGCGCGUUCGGAGGCCGAGGGCGCGGAGCAGCGCUGCCGCGGCCUGGCGGAGGAGGCGGAGUCCCUGCGCUCGCGCCUCGCCUGCGCCGCCCGCAGCGGCGAGGAAGACGCGGAGGCCCGGAGCGCGGCCGCGGCCAGGCUCGCCUCCGAGCUCGAGGACUCCAGAGCCGCCUGCCGCGCGGAGGAAGGCCUCCGCCUGGAGGAGGCCGAGGCCCUGGCCGCGGAGCGCGCGGGCGCGGCGCGGCUGCAGCAGGAGCAUGCCGCGGAGGUGCAACGGCGCGAGGUGCAGGCCGCAGAGGAGGCCGCCCGCGCGUCCCGCGCCGCCUCCCUCCUGCGCGACGAGCUGGCCGAGGAGGCCGGGCGUGGCCGCGAGGCGGCGCAGGAGGCCGAGGCGGCCGCGAGCGCGCACGCGGCCGAGGUGGCGCGGUGGCGCGUGGAGCUGGCGGGCGAGCGGGGCCGCCGCGAGGCGGAGGCCUCGAGCGCGCGCGGCGAGGAGGCGGAGCUGGCCGCGAGGCUGCAGGAGGCCCGGGACGGGCUCGCGGAGCAGGGUCAGGCCGCCGAGGCGGCGGCGGCCAGGGCGGCGGGCGCCGCCGCGGCGCUGGCCUCCGAGGCGGAGGAGUGGCGGUCGGAGUGCGCCAGGGAGCGGGAGCGCCGGGAGGCCGCCGCGGCCAAAGCCGCCGGCGACGCCGCCAGCCUGGCCCAGGAGCUCGAGCGCUGGCGGCAGGAGCACGCGGAGGAGGCCCGCCAGAGGCGGGCCGGCGCCUCCGAGGCGGAGCAGGAGCGCGAGCGCCUUCUGGCCGAGGCGGCCGAGGAGCGCGCGAGGCGCGCGCAGGAGGGGCGCGCCGCAGAGGAGGGAGCCGAGAGGUCGGCCGCGGACCUGGCCGGCCUCGCCGCCGAGCUGGAGCGGGCCAGGGAGGACAUCGCGGCCCUGGAGGCGGAGGCCUCGGCCACUCGCCAGAGGCACGAGGAGGCGGCCGGCCUCCAGAAGCGGGAGGCCCGCGAGGCGGCCGCGGAGGCCGCUGGCCACGCCGAGGAGGCCGAGCGGGUGCGCCGGGAACGCGCGGAGCAGGCGCGGCUCUGGGAGGCGGCGGAGGACCGAAUGUUUCGCGUUCUGCCGCUGUUCAUUUCUCUGCAGGAGGCCGCGUGCGCGGAGGGGGCGCGCAGGGCGGCCGCCGAGGCCGAGGCGGCCAGCCAGGUGGCCGCGCUGCGCGAGGAGGCGGGGCGGCAGCGCGGGGAGCUGGCCGAGCGGGAGGCGCGCGCGGAGGCGCAGCUGGGGGAGCUGCGGGCGGAGCUGGAGCAGUCCCGGAGGCAGACCGCGGAGGAGGGGGAGGCCGCCGAGCGCAGCGCGGGCAGAGCCGCCGCCCUGGCCUCGGAGCUCUCUGCCAGCGUGGGCCGCUUGCGCGAGGAGUGCACCGAGGAGAGGGAGUCCAGCGAGGCCCUGUCGUCCCAGGCCAGGCAGGACGCCGCCGAGGCGGAGGCGAGGUUCGAGGCCCUGCAGAGGGCCCGUGCGGAGGAGGCCAGCCGCUACGAGACUCAGCUGAGCAGCCAGCGCGAGAGGCUCACCCAGGUGGAGAAGGACCUGGCGGGGGAGCGGGCGCAGGCCGAGCUGGCCCGCCAGGAGGCGUCGGGCCUGCGCGAGGAGGUGGCGCGCGUCAGGUCUGGCGCCUCUGGCGAGGCCGCGAAGCUGCAGGCGGAGCUCGCGCAGCUGAUGGGCGCCAAGGUGCCCGCGGCCGUGCCGGCGACGGCGGCUCAGCCCGUGGCGGAGCCCCCCAGGCCGGCGGAGCCGGCCGUGACCGUGCAGCAGCCGCCGGCCGCCGCUGCGGAGUCCGAGGCCGUGCCCGGCCUGGCCGCGGCGCUGCGGGACGCGGGCCUCGCCAGCUCCGUGGACGCGGCGCUGGGGUGGUGCAGGGAACAGGGCGCCGAGCUGCUGGAGGAGGUGGUGGAGUUCUUCGACGACUUCGCGGAGGAGGUCGGUCUCAGCUCGGAGGACAGGGCACGGCUGCUGGACCGCCUGCGCAUGGAGGACCCGCAGUAUGCGGAGGCCCGGCGGCUGGUUGACGAGACGGAGGCGGAGCUGGCGCGCCUUAACGGGGAGUCCAAGAAGGCGCCCAAGAAGAGCAAGGGGCCGAUCCUGGCGCAGAUCAAGGAGCUGGAGGCGUCGGGCGCCUACCUGGCCGCCCGGCGCCUGCUCGACGACCCGGCCGCGGAGGCGGAGCGGCGCCGGCGGGAGCGGUGCGGGGCGGCCGAGGCCCGGGCCCGGGGGGCGCUCGCGCGGCGCGACCUGCCCGCCGCCACGGCGGCGCUGGCGGAGCCUCGUUUGUGGCUGGUCGGCGAGGCCGGGUCCCUCGCGGCGGACGUGGCGGCGCUGCGGUCCGCCCUGGCGGCGGAGCAGGCGGCCGCCUCCAAGGGCGGUGCGCCGGCGGACGAAGAGCAGAAGAAGCGCAUGGAACUGCGCAGGGCCAAGUCCAAGCGCGAGUUCGCGUUCGACCCCCCGUGCGGCGCAGAGCUCGAGCAGGCGCGGGUCCUGAGACUGCGCGUGGACCCCGCGCUCGGCCCUGGCAUCGAUACCCGCGCGACCUGGUACGGCAUGGUCGUCGACGAGGUGGACGACGAGCCAGGGCAGCCCGGCCUCGGGGCGGGCGACUGCGUCGUCUCCAUAGGCGGCGUCUCCCUGCAGGAGCACGAAGACUGCGAGCCGCUGUACGUCGACGCCCUCGCCGACGGGGUGGAGGUCGAGGUUGAGCCGCACUGCGUCGUCAGGGGGGCCGUGCCGCCAGGGUCCACCGUGGACUGGGAGGCCCUCGAGGGGGACCUGGUCGCGUUCGCAGAGGACUACCAGGUCGAGCUGAGCGUGGCGGCCGACAGGGGGGAACUGCGGCUGAGCGGGCCGCGGCCCGCCGUUGCCGCGGCGCGGGAGGACGCGCUGGCGCUCGUGGCCGCCUAUUUCCCCAUGUGA